AGUCUACUUCUGAUGGACGCCUAUUACACCGUGCGAAAGCCCAGGUCACGUUACCUGCAGCUGUGGAAGAGAUGGAUAUGCUCCAGAAGCUUUACCAUCUCCUGCAAGCCAAGGGGUUUCAGACACGGCUGGAAGGAGUGGCACUCCUCCUAGAGCUGUGCAAAAGCAGCCCCCAGCUAAUCUCCAAGAACAUUGUCCAAAUUUUUGAUUAUUUUGUCCUGAGAAUAUGUGACAGCCACAAGAAAGUGAGGCAGAAGGCGCUGGACGUGCUGGCUGAAAUCAUAGGCCUCCUGGAUGAUGCCAUGAACCCGGUGAUGAUCCGCUUGGUAGAAGGAAUAGCAAAGAACCUGAGCUCAAAUGAUCCCGGGGUUCAUGCUGCAGCUGUGAGAGCACUGGAAGAAUCCGUUGCUCAUUUAGAUAAAGUAUCACUGAUGAAAGAGUUCAGCCACCAAUGGAGCCAACUGAGUGGCCAAGCUCUGCUGGAUGUCGCAGAGUGUAUCGCAGAGCUCGUGGAGUGGGUUUAUGCCAGGAGCCCUGAAGUCGUCCAGCGCUAUGCCCUGCCCGUGCUCUGGUCCUUCCUGGACAACAAAGCGCUGCCUGUCCGCAGUGCCAACAUCCGCACGGUGGCCACCAAGCUUGCCCUGGCCCUCUACGAGGCGAUGGGCAACAAGCUGAAGAAAUGUGCAGCCAGCAAGCCUCCACACAUGCGGGAGAACCUCUCCAACAUUUUGUACUGGUGAAGGCAGGAUGUUCUCCAGGAAGAUGACCAAGUGCUGAGUUGGACACCUCCGGAUUUGACUUCUUAGCUGUGCCAAAAAUGACAAAACACUAAGGAAGGGUGUGCAUCGGCCCCCGCUCUCGCCAUCGCCCAUCCUAGUCAUGACAUGGGGGGCCUGAAGAAACUCCAGACUGAAGACAAGGUGAAGACUGAGCAUGGAUCAGCCUCACACAGAGGUGAGGGGGGAGCUGGGCCGCUCUCUGGAGGGAGAAAGGGUCCUGUGGCAGCCCAGAGAGCCUGUGCACAUUGCCAGGGAACAGCUGUGCCCUGCAUGUGCCCCUGCAAUGAGCUGUGCUCUGCCAGAGCCCCUGGAGCUGUAGGGC